CACGGAAUGCACGACACAUUCCGGAAACUGUCGAAAAAGCAACUCAGACAAAUGCUUGGAUCUAGACCGAAUGAAGCGGUCUACAGAGCAGCACCAGCAGAGGAAGUUGAACUUCUAGAUGAAGCCGAUAUACCAAAGGAAUUUGAUGCGCGGCAACAAUGGCCAUACUGCAGUUCCAUCCGGCUGAUCCGUAGCCAGGCAAACUGUGGCUCUUGCUGGGCAGUUUCGGCGGCAUCAAUUAUGUCGGACAGGGUGUGCAUAGCGACUGGUGGUUCUAAGCAGCCUUACAUAUCGGAUGAAAACAUCUUGUCGUGCUGCAAGCAUUGUGGCAAAGGAUGCCUCGGCGGCGACCCUUUUGCGGCGUUUAAGUACUGGAAACAGGGAAUACCAAAUGGCGGACCUUACAACACUACCAAUGGAUGUCAACCGUAUACGAAAUGCUGGGAAGGGUGUCCAGGAGGUACUCCGGCAUGCAUGGGACAUAAGUGCAUUCCUCAAUACCCGUAUUCAUAUAACAGUUCACUUUAUUACGGUACUCCGCGAGGAAAAUAUAUUUAUUUCCAUGUUACAUUUAUGGCUACUACACAGGUGCUACUGCGUAUUGGCUUCCCACAGUGGAACGAGCUCAACAAGACUUGA